AUGGGGAACAGCGACGUGCUGCUGGUACUCGCUGCUUUUGUGGUCAAGUGCGGAUUUGCUCAAGAAGACCGCAGUAAUGCCUGCCGCCCGCAGUACAAGGCCUCUUCUGACCUCGGUAAUUUCACUCACUGGGCCGUCUCUACUGAAGCUGCUUUAUGUGCAACGGUGCCAAGGACAAUACACGGGAAGGGAGGCAACAUAGCGGACGCAGCUGUGGCCACCUUACUUUGCAUGGGCGUUGUGCUUCCGCAAUUCAUGGGCAUCGGAGGCGGAUUUGUCGCAACGCAUUACUCAAGGCGUGACGGGCAGGCCAUGUCGCUCAUCUCUCGAGAGGUGGCUCCCAAGGCUGCGACCACGGACAUGUUCGUCGAGAACGCUACGCUGUCUCUCAUGGGCGGCCUGUCCAUUGCCGUGCCCGGAGAGAUACGCGGCUACGCUGAGCUGCACAAGCGCCUAGGUGGCAGGCUUCCCUGGAAAGCGCUCUUUGAAGACGCCAUUCGCUUGGCCAACGAAGGAUUCCCACGUGGUAGCCCACUCAAGCAAGGUGAGGUGCUCGUGCAGAAGGACCUGGCACGCACGCUUGAAGCCAUCGCUGAGAACGGCCCGGAUUACUUUUACGAGGGCCCAUUCGCAGAGGAGAUGGUUCGCGAAAUCGCCAGCGAAGGAGCAAUCCUAACAGUCGAAGAUCUGCUGUCAUACCGCCCCACAUGGGAGCCUGCUCUCAGCGUUACUCUCCAAGAUGGCCGAGUUCUCUACACGGCACCGCCACCUGGCGGUGGCGCCAUCUACACCUACAUCAUGGCUAUCAUGGAUGCUUUCAGAAGCAACGUCAGCGCAGAGCUUCAAAACGAUGCACUCACUCUGCACCGCUUUAUCGAAGCCUGCAAGUUUGGUUUCGCGAAGAGAAGCCUCCUUGGUGACCCCCGCUUUGAAGAUGUAAGAGAUGUGCUACAGAACCUGACGUCGUGGGAUUACGCCAAUGCGACGCGGUGGAAGAUCGACGACGACAGGACAUACCAGGACCCAACUCAUUAUGGCCUCGACACCGCGCCUGCGCCAGAGAAUAGAGGCACGGCGCACCUCUCCCUGUGGGAAGACGACGGAGACGCCCUUAGCGUCACCAGCACCGUCAACGGAUAUUUCGGAAGCAUGAUACGGAGCUCUUCAGGCGUAAUCUUCAAUAACCAGAUGAACGACUUCUCCACGCCCGGCCAGAGCAACUUCUGGGGCCUCCCACCAUCGCCGGCCAACUUAAUAAAGCCGGACAAGAGGCCGCAGUCCUCCAUGAGCCCCAUUGUGGUGGUUGAUGCCAACGGAGACGUGGAGAUGGUCAUCGGUGGCUCAGGUGGAAGCAAGAUCAUUACGGCAGUGGCUCUGGUGAGCAUGAGAGCACUUUGGCAGAGCGGCGACAUCAGGGAAGCCAUCGACUACGCAAGGCUGCACGAGCAGCUCACAGCCGAUGAUGUCAUGGUAGAACCUCAAUUUCCCGAAACCUACGCUCGCCAGCUUGAAGAAAAAGGCCACAAGAUACAAACAGUCUUUGGAGAGUUCAACAACGUCAUGGCCGUGCAGCGAAAGAACCAACGCCUCCAAGCCAACGCCGACUACCGCAGCGAUGGAGGUGUCGACGGCAGCUGACCUUCGCGAAUGUAGCCAUGAGGUGUUGCGUCAG